AUGGUCGGAACGGAGGAUGAUAUCGCGGUGGACCCCUACUUCUACUCUAUGAAGGGUAACUUGGAACCGGACGACUUCCGGUCGGAGACUACUUCAAUCGCAUCAACGAUCGCGAAAGGGCGGUUGGAAAAUGGCCGAAGAUACCAAGCGACAAAAGAAGAUAAUUACUGGGGACCUUCGGAUGAGCAGCAAUUCGAGGCAUUCGAGAUUAGUGACGUUGCGGAUAGCUUUCCGUCAGCGACCGUUCGCGGAGUGGAUCUCUUUCCCCCACCCGUAACCUGGAUGCCUCCAAAUUGCGUGUUCGAGGUUGACGACGUGCUCCGAGAAUGGACAUGGAGAGAGCCGUUCGACUUCAUUCAUCUGCGUAUGAUGUAUGGAAGCUUUGAUCCAGAGGGAUGGAAUCGAGUGUAUAAGCAGGCCUACGAGGCCCUAGUACCAGGUGGGUGGAUUGAGCAAACAGAGAUGGAUAUUCGGGUCUAUAGCGAUGACGGGACCCUGAAGCCAGAUAGCCUUCUGGCUGGUUGGGGUGAUAUCUUCCUUAAAUGCUCCGAGAAAGGUGGUAGAUCUCUCAGGACCCAGGAAACGAUGCGCAGCGCAAUGGAGGAGGCCGGCUUCGUCGAUGCGCAUGAAUCGCUAUUCAAGAUCCCUCUGGGGCCUUGGGCUAAGGACAAAACACUGAAGGAGGCUGGUCAGCUCCAGUACGCUCAUUGGAGUGCUGGUAUCGAGGGCUGGGCAAUGUGGCUUCUUACUAAGUUUGGGGAUCCGGAGCCGUGGACUCCAGACGAGGUGCAGAUCUACCUGGCUAAAGUGCGUGCGGAAUUGAAGGAUCCACACGUACAUCGCUGGGGAUAUUGUCGCCGUGUGUGGGCGAGGAAGCCUACGCUAGAAGAAUUAAUGGCGAGGGAGCCGGAGGUCAAGAGCGAGCCGUCGCCAUAA